AUGAGAUAGUUAAUUUGAUCCAUAAAAUCUGAUAAUUCUCUUGGUUAAAAUAUUCACUGUAAUGUACAUAUAAAAUUAAUCCAAAACCUCUUGACGAAAAAGUGAAAGCGUGUUUAUAGUUAAGAAGCUGGAGGAUCGAAAUCAUGCACAAAAGUAAGAAUCGUUGGAAAAAUAUUGAAAUGUUCCAAAACAUUUGAUAAUUUUUAAAAGGCGAUCAUUGCGCAUAAAAAUGUGUUAUUUAUCAAAUAAAGUUAGUGCUUAAUUGCAUCAGUGUUAUUCAGGCAACAAUUUACGUGCAAUCUUAUCGGUGUUGGAGUCGCGAGAUGCAACUUGCCACAUUAGCUUACGAAAAGUCGAUCGUUCAGAGGUGCUGUCCUCCAAAGCGUACGAAUUGCUUUUAUCAUCAUCCGUUUGCACUCGAUUAGAUUAUUCGCUCGGUCGGAUGCGCAAUCGCCUGCUGCAGAGCUGCGCUGCCGAACUCGAUUCGGCGAUCAUCGGGUAAAAAGUGGCUUAAAACCAGUUCUCAAACAAGUUGCAAGCGUAUUCGCGACCGAAACGGCGGCGGAUCUCGCCUUAAAAAUGAUCGAUACCGACGUGAAAGUACUGGCUGCGGGGAUAGCCAAUACCCUGGAGAAGCACGUGGAGGAGGAGGUGGACAAUCACCCGCUGUGGGCCAGUCGAUACCUCAGCAGCAAGCCCGAGGCGGUCUACAAGACUCACUUGGACUUCCUGAACGCCGGCUCGGAUGUAUUUUCGACGUUCACGUAUCAGGCCUCGGUCGCGGGCUUCGUGGAGCACCAGAAGACGAGCGAGGCCGAGGCCGUCGGGCUGAUCAAGCGAUCGGUCGAGCUGGCCAAGAGGGCCAUCCGCGACUACAAGCUGGAGAAUCGGCACCGGCUGGACCGCUUGACGAAUCCCGAACCGUUGGUGGCCGGCUCCGUUGGCUCGUACGCGGCCUACCUGCACGACGGCUCCGAGUACUUGGGGCCCUCGUACGCUCACCAGACGAAUCUCGACCACAUCCUCGAAUGGCACAAGAUGCGAAUCGACGCGCUCGUCGAGGCCGGCGCCGAUUUCCUCGCCAUCGAGACCUGCCCCGCUGCCCGCGAGGCCCAACUUUUGCUCGACUACCUCGGAGCCCAUCACCCGGACGCCAAGGCCUGGGUUGCCUUCUCCUGCAAAAACGACGGCAAAUCCAUCGUGGAUGGUAGCAGCUUCAAGGAAACGGCUCUCCAGCUCUACAGAAAGUCCAAGCCCGGACAGCUGAUAGGCCUGGGCGCCAACUGUAUACCUCCCAAGGACACGACUCCGCUGCUGAAGAGCCUCAGUCAACGGGAAACUGGAGUUUUCAUACCUUUGGUGGCCUAUCCCAACAGCGGCGAGACCUUCUGCACCGAGACCGGCAAGUACAUCAAGAGCUGCGUACACUACCCCCCGGAAGAGUUCGUUAAGGAGUGGCUCGAUCUUGGCGUGCGUUACAUUGGAGGCUGCUGCAGAACUACCACCGACGACAUCAAACGGGUCUCUGCACAAGUCCAGAAUUGGAAAAAGCUCCACUCUCCGACCACUUGAAGUACAUGGCUCUUGUACAUGCAGUGACAUUUAUCUCAACUCCGUUUUACAUUUGCAGUAUAUAUUUCUAGUGAGUUGUGCAGGUUGAUUUUUCAAUAACUCGUCAUUUAUGACGUUCAACUGCACGACAAUGGAUUUAAAUUAGUUUCAUACUUUUGUAAUUACUUCGUUACUCAAAUAAAGUUGGUUUUUAAAAAUAUCUUUCAACAACGUUACGU